AUGGAAGAAUCUCAAGUAAAGCUAUAUGGCUUUUGGGCCAGCCCUUAUGCACUCAAGGUGAUAUGGGCACUCAAGCUGAAGAAUAUAGAGUAUGAGUACAUUGAAGAGAACCUCUCCAAUAAGAGCCCUUCUCUUUUGGAGUACAACCCGGUUCACAAGCAGGUGCCAGUUCUAGUCCACGGUGGCCGGCCGGUGGCCGAGUCGGAUGUGAUACUCGAGUACAUUGAGGAGGCCUGGCCCGAUCGUGGGCCCGCUUUAUUUCCGGAGGAUCCUUACGAGAGAGCCAUGGCGCGUUUUUGGAUUGGUUUUAUCCAACAAAAGCGCAUGACGUUUUUCGCGUUCUUCCUGUCCACUGACGAGAACAUAAAAAAGGCAGCAAAAGAAGUGUUCGAGACACUCAAAAUCAUUCAAGACCAGUCUCUGGGAGAGAAGAAAUUCUUCGGUGGCGAAAAAAUUGGAGUGGUGGACUUGAACUUCGGGUGGCUCGUCCAUUGGUUUGAACUCAUGCAAGAAUUCGUGGGCUUGCGCGUUUUCGAACCAACCACUCUGCCCAAACUGCAUCGAUGGUCCAUAGAUUUCAAACAAGAACAUGCGAUCAAGGAAAAUCUUCCGGACAACAAUGCAUUGCUGACACAUUUCGGAAAGUUCAAGAAGGAGCUCACAUCGCCAAAGAACGACUAA